CGAUGAUCUCAUCAGCUGUAGCAUACCUGCGUCCAUCUUUGUCUGACCGCCUGGCAUCUCUCAUCCAGUACUGCCUGUGGGGAUGCCUCAUCUACUACCUCUACCAAUCUUUCCACGGCCGCAAAGCCAUCCCAUCGUUCAGCAACCCCUACUACACCACCAUCACCUCGGAAAUCGGCGCCCUGCGGGCCACACUCGACAGAUCUCUCCGCCACAUGGACGCUAUGGACACGGGCAUCCUCUUCCUCACAGGAGUGGCCGUCCUGUACUGGCUCAUGCGGAUCGGCGAGAGCAUUGUUGACGUCGUCGUGAACGCCAAGUGGGCGAGGCUGCUGCCGUAUGUGCCGGUUGUGAGGGAGAUCGUCGCCAAGAAGACUCAAGAGGCCGAGGACGACAUCAGGAAGUCGCUGCUCAAGUGCAGGACCACACGCACCACCGAACUGCCCGAAGCGGUAGGUGACAACCCAUUGACUUGAGCUGUUCAUGCACUGUGCAUUGUGGGAUGUCUGUUUGCCAAACAGGGUUGGGAUGCGGAUCUGAUUCUGGACCGAGUGGGUCAGUGGAGUGAGCUGGAGAAGAGGGAGUGGCGUGAGGGUAAGGCCAGCGGGGCCGUCUACUCGGGGCAGGACGACCUCAUGGACCUUAUUGGGGAGGUGUACAAGCGAUUCAGCCUCAGCAACCCCCUGCACCCAGAUAUCUUCCCGUUCACAAGGCAGAUGGAGGCAGGUGAGUGGCAAGACGACGACAAAGAUGGCGAGAGUCCCGUGCUAUCUCUUUGCCGGCGUGUGUGUUCAGAGGUUGUGUCUAUGGUGGCUGACCUGUUCAACGGCGACGAACAGACUUGCGGAUGUGUCACGAGGUACAUAUUUGAGUGACAGAAAAUCUCCAUACAACCGACAUUCUCUGUCAUGUUGUCUGUGUAUGUCAAUCACCCAUUCAGCGGUGGGACGGAGAGCAUCAUGAUGGCGAUGCGUGCGUAUCGUGAGUGGGGCCGGGCCGAGCGCGGCAUCAUCACGCCACAGAUCAUCGUGCCCGCCACGGCCCACCCCGCGUUCGACAAGGCCGCCGCCUACUUCAAGAUGCGCAUCACGAAGAUACCCGUCAACAUGCCCUCAGGCACCAUCGACCUAUCGCGGGUGGGUGAUGUGAGAAUAACCGCAUCACACGAACACCCUCGAUCCCUCCUUCAUGCCAUUCUCGUGCUGUUGUGUGUUCAGCUCAUCGGUGCCAUCACCCCAAACACGGUGGCCAUCGUCGCGUCAUGCCCCUCCUGGCCACACGGCACACUCGACCCCGUCCAGCACAUCGCGUCCAUCGCGCGCACGAGGAGGAUCCCAUGCCACGUCGACGCCUGUCUGGGGAGCUUUGUGGUAGCCUGCAUGGAGAGCAGCGGCUUCGACAUGCCGGCCUUCGACUUCCGUGUGCCCGGGGUGACGUCUCUGUCGUGCGACACACACAAGUUUGGCUUUGCGCCGAAAGGCACCUCCGUGUUGCUCUACCGGUCCCCUGAACUGAGGGCAUACCAGGUGAUGAAUGCAAGGAUAGAUGGAUGGAUGGGUGCAAUGCAAAUAUUUGUGUGUGGUGCAGUAUUUCACGACGGUCGACUGGAUGGGCGGCAUGUACGCGUCGCACAGCGUGGCGGGCAGCAGGCCUGGCGGUCUCAUCGCAGCCACAUGGGCAGCCAUGAUGUACACGGGCAAACAAGGUACCAAUCACCCUCGCCGCGCAGACAGGACUUGCAGACCCAUUUCCUCUCGUGUGUGGCCUUUGGUGUGUAGGCUAUGUGGCUGCGACCAAGAAGGUUGUCAACUUCACUCGCGAGCUGGCGGCCGGCAUCGACAAAAUGCCCGAUCUGGAGGUCCACACCACCCACACAGCGACGCACAGCCACCCAUGUCAGUCUGAUUUCUUGUUUGUCCUCCUGGUCAGGUUAUCGGUCACGGCGACACCUGUGUGGUGGCGUUCCGAUCGACCAACCCCAACCUGCCCACACUGCCUGUGAGGAGAGCACCGGAUGCUGAAAGAGGUCUUCUGAGUGCGUGUCUGUGUGUGUGUGUGUGUGCGUCAGAUUGGCGAGGCCAUGGGCGACCGAGGGUGGAAGCUGAACCUCCUGCAGAAGCCUGACGCAGUAAGGACAGGGCGAGCGCGAGCAUGCCUGUGACCGUAACUGACGCGCUUCCUGUCAUGUGUGUGUAGGUUCACCUAGCUGUAACGCUGCCCGUCGCCAAUGGCGGCAGUCGUCGCUUCCUCGACGACCUGGCAGAGGCCGUCGAACAAGUGGUCAGGAAGAUGAGACGAAGCAGCAGCUCAAAUGAUACACACACAUGCAAUGCUCUCUCUCUCUCUCUCUGUUUGUGUGUGUGUGUGUGUGUGUGCAGAAGAGUGACCCGAAGGCGUACGCCAAGGGAACCGCCGCUAUCUACGGAUCGGCCAAGACCGUGCCAAAGUGAGGCAGAGAGAGGAAGCAAAGAGCUGAGGGUCUCGGUGUUGCCAUCUAUCUGCGGCUCUCUGCCUCUGCUGUGUGUUGCCGCGUAUGUGCACAGGAUGUUGGUGGAGUCGCUGGUCAAGAAAUGGCUGGACGUUUACUACACCGCCUGAGCAGCCAGCCGCCAGGAUGCGCUUCCUGUAUGGCUGGGUGUGUUUCGGUGUUUAUUUGUGAACUCAUUUUCAUCUCUCUCAGUAGUGUGUGGGUGUAUGGGCAGCUGGCUAGCGCCGUUCGUUACUUUGAUGGGGCUGUUUUUAUUCGUUGUGGAUCGGUGUGCCAUGCAUGGGCACACGGAUGUAUGGAGGAUGUAUGUAUGUGUGUUGUGGCGUGUGUUGUGGCGUGUUGUGUGGGUCGGCAGUCGGACACUUUGAUAAAUCAGGGCGAUGCCGUGCGCA